GGCGCGAUGAAACUUGACAUAGGUCAUCUUAUCAUUAUUUUCACUGCCACCUUUUUCUUGCUAGCGAGCUAUGCCAUACUAUUCAGCGCCAUGCUCCCUUUGACGGGCAUUUAUAUAUUAGACGUCUUAGCUCAAGACACGCAUUACAAAUAUUUCACCCUACUCAUCAUACCCACCAGUGCUUACUUUGUCAUCGCCAACUGGGUGGGAUGGCAGUAUUACCAAAAUUCUUGAAAGCUAGUAUCUGGCAAAGACACCUGAGCGAUAUUUAGAGCGUGCUGCUCAGCUGGUGAUCCCAGGAAGCGGGAGGCUCGUCUUGCUAUGUCACGGCCAGUGAUAAUACAAGACUAGGUACAAGGAAUCACUCUGCGCUCGCUUCAAAAUCUGCCGAAAUAGGCGUACAAGACCAAGUGCAGAGAUGGUCUCCAAGAAGCAUAUGGGUUUAAUAUCGGAAGGAGAUCGGUACAUAGGGAUACAUGUAUAGAGACAGUAAUCAAAAUGGAAUAUCAUAGCCCUUUGCCCAUAAAA